AUGCUACAUCAGAGAAAAUCUAGGGAACCUGUUUAUUUGAGCAAUUCAUCAAACUCAGCUGCUGUUGCAGCUGCUUCGAUAUUGGGUAAAAGUUUGACAACAAACACUAAUACUAGUGGCCUAAACAGAAGAUAUUCAACAGCUUUUACACCACCUUCAUCAAGAAAUAAUUCACUUCAAUACUCAGCGGCUCUACUCAAUAAUAAUAAUAACGGAAAGAAAUUAAAUUCAUUAAGUUCGUCUCAUUCCAAUUUUAAAAGAAAAACUUCUGUUCGUAUGAAUAGUAUUAGUACCGUUGCAUCAUCUCCUGCUAAUUAUCCAGAUAACAAAUUAAAGAGGAGCAACAGUAUUUACUAUGACGCGCAAGACGCUUUUGAUAGUUUUGGAGGUCCUCAAGCGAAAGGUGUUCUAUUAAAAAACAAUGUCAAUACUUCUUCCAAUUCUAAUAAAUCAAAGACAAUAAAGAAAUAUGUUCCUAGUGGUCAUGGUUUGGUUUUAGUCGAAGUUAAUGUCGAGGAGGCUAAAAAACAAUAUCACAGAAAUUCAACCAUUGCCUCUGCCAUGCGAAAAACCUCCUCCUCAAUAAACUUGCGUUCCACUUUUAAUAAAAGCAACUGUCCUACCACCCGAUCAGGCAGCUUAACUAGCAAUAACACAUGUAAAAGGAAAAAUAGUGUUUUAAGAAGUUCCUCUUUGAUUGUAUCCAAAAAUAACGCACUGAAUGGUGGUAAGAAGGCUCCAAUAUUUACCGACCAAAAUCAGAGUUCUCAAGAUAAUAAUCUUAAACCCAAGGGUCUUGAAAUCCCAACUUUAAAUCAGUCUACAACUAAAGACCCUAGCGAUUUUUCUUCAAGUCUCGAGGAAACCGAAUCUACAUCUGCGGCUAAUUACACUGGAUAUGAUGUACUAGGUAUCAAUUUGGCAAGUAGUAUUGAAGAAGAUGUGAUAUUAGAAGAGCAAGAAUCACAAGAUGAAGAGCAACAACAGUUAACAAAAGAUAACAACUCAUUAGAAGGUCCGGCAGAAGAAGAGAUGGACAAAAAGAGUACUCCACAAGACGUAAAAUCAACAACUUUUAAAAUCAACCCAAUUAUCGUAGAGCAUCCUGAUCUUUCUCAACAAGAAACCACUGAAGAAAAUCCCAUAAUAAACGAAGAGCAUAUUAAGCCUAUAGGUGUUGCCUUGUCAACGGAUUCAGAAGUUGCUACAGAAAUGAAGACAGCCACCGGCGAAAAUAUAGGAGAUAUUAAACAGUACCAUAUUAAAGAUACGGAUGAAGAAACUGACUUAACUUUUGAUAAAGAACUGAUAGAAUAUAGACAAACUUUAAGUGACACUGCUGAUAUGCUUUUAAACGAUAAUUUUAUAGGGGAUAAUGGUAUCAGUACCAACACUUCCGACGACUCAAAAGAAGGUGGAAUUGCAAAGAAAGUUUCUUCUGGCAGUUUGAAGGAACCACUCAUUAGUGAUUUCCCUUUAUUUACCGCUAAAGACACUUUUACUAAUGAAGACCUAUCACCUAAAAAGAACUCUGCCACUAUGGCACAAUUGCUGCGUUCCAACAAUCCAUAUUUAACUAAGGAACAUUCCAAUACAAGCAGUACUAGUUCCAAACUAAAAAAAUCCAAUACAUUGUCAUCAAAUACAUCUUCCACAGAAACUUCAACUGCAACUACCCUAACUGAUGAUAGUUUGGGAGCUGUCCUAUUGUCUUCGCCCAUUUCCUCUUCUCGUUUAAAACUCGAUAAUAAUAAAGCCAAGAAUAACGUUCAACCUAGCAUGGAUAAUAUGAAAAAGCCUAUCAAAUCAGCUUUAAAAAAUUCCAGCUCGUUAAAUGCUAGGAAUAAUAAAUCUGUUACCAACGAGAGUGGGGUCUCUGCUGCAGAUGAUAUUUACCUAAGAUUGGCAACUGCCGAAAACACAAGGCUGAAUGCUCAAAUUACCGGUGGUAGCUGUGGUGAACUAUCAGAAAGUGGUUCACCCAUUAAAAAACGUGGAUCUGUCAUUGUACGGAAUAGUAUAAAAAGAAACCCAUCUUCUUUGAAAAAACCUGUUGAAGGUACUAGUGGUAGAAGUAAUAAUAUUAUUGAUAAAAAAAACCUUAAAGUUACGCCUACACAAAAAUCUAAACUAUCUUAUAAAACGCCACUAACUCAAGAAGAUACCAUAAAGUGGUUGGGUUCGGAAAAGAGAUCUAGUUUCGAAAGGGAACGUCCAGGGAGCAAUGGAUUUGGUUUCAAAAAAAUGUCUUUACGUAAUGAGGCAGAUUAUGAAAUUGCUAACCAAGAACUUAUGGGGGCUUCUGAAGGUGUUACUGGCGCCAAUAAUCCCGUCAGUACGAAUGGUCAACUUCAGCAUUUGGCAAACACUGCUGCAAUUAGUGGCACCUUUAAGAGCAGAUUUGAUUCUGAUUCUGAUUCCGAAUAUGAUAAAGCUUUUGGAAAUGCCACGGGUGGAGAAACUGUUUCCACAACGCCAAAGAAGAAAAUUAAGCAAGUAUUUGACUCAGAAUCACCCAACCCAAAAAUGACUGGAUUCAGUGGACUAUUUAAACGAGGUGGUAGCACUAAUGGCAAAAUAACUUCUCCAAAUAAGAACCAUAAUGGGGAUGGGUUUUUCACGCCGCCAAAGUUAUCCAGUUUGAUGAAAAUCUCUAGUCUUUCCUCUACUGGUCCAUCAUCUCAAGUUGUUGCCCCUGAUACUGUCCCUGCCAAUAAUAUACAGAGUGGUUCUCCUAUGAACACCACAGGUACUUUGAGAAACACUAAGGAUAGAAAGUCUGCAGUUACUAAUAAUGCAAAAGGUAUUGAUAACAUUAUUUCAAAUAACAAUAAUUUUGAGGAUAGUAAAAGUGUGAAACGUCAAAACAGACUUUUUAAUCAUCAAGAUGAAAUACGUGGUGAUAAAAAAAAAAAGAAAAACAAGUUUAGUGGGAAAUUAAAGAGUUUUUUUUCUAAACAUUCAGAGCAGUUGUAA